AGUAGAUGAGAAGGAUCUAUAAAGUGUGGUGAUUGUUUCCUUUCUUGUUUUAAAAUUUAUAUACAUUUUUAAUUUUAAAUGUAUUAACAAAAAAAAAAAACAAUAAUUUCUGUUACUUGUGUUGUAUUAAAUGUAUUUACAAUGAAUUGUAUUUCGUCAAUUCUUUUGCUGCUUCUGAAAAUAGGCGCCCUAUCCGUGGUCAAUGCCAAUAUCGGUGAACCGAUAUACCGCUUGAAUCCACAUGUGGUGCCAGAUGCAUAUGACAUUUGGUUGCGUCCAUAUUUAUUGCCAUCGGAUGGAUUAUAUCGAUUCACAUUUGAUGGCGAAGUCAAUAUAGCAUUCCAUACGACAAUCGCGAAUAUCGGUGUAAUUACUUUGCAUUCCUAUAUGAUUAAGAUCACUGCUGCAGGUUUAUAUGACAACAGCAAAGGUGGUCAAAUUGUGCAGUUAUUCAAUAGCGAGGAUUUGACUUUCGAAAAAACACCACAAACAUUAACGGUACAUUUGAGAGAUGACCUAACGAUGCAACACAACUACACCAUACGCUUCAAUUACGCUGGACAAAUACGCGAUGAUAUGCAGGGAUUCUUUCACAUAAACUACACCGACAGCGACGGCAAUGUAAAAUUCCUUGCGUUAACUCAAUCCCAGCGCACAAAUGCCCGCAGUAUAUUUCCCUGUUUCGAUGAGCCCGCAUUGAAAGCAACUUUCCGCUUACAAAUAAGUCGGCCAUCAAUUUUUAAAACAGUGUUCAAUGCGGAAUUGGUGAGAAGUGUUUCUGAAGGUAAUGGACGAGCUUUGGACCGUUUUUCUGCGACACCUCCAAUGUCCACAUAUUUGGUUGCGUUUAUGCUUUCGGAACUUGAGAGUGACUCAAGUGGUUAUCUAACAACAAUAAUACGGCCUGGAUAUGUUGACAAAAUUCCAUUUGCUUAUCAAGUAACUGCACGCGCUAUUAAUGCUUUCGAUGAGCUCACACAACAAAAUUAUAAUCAAUUGGGUUUGCCGUUAAUGCAAAUUGUUGGUUCGCCCAUAUUUCCGCACACCGGCAUGGAGAACUGGGGUUUGGUUAUUUACAAAGAGGAAGUUUUAAUAAACGAACCUGGAUACUCAGACGGCUGGUCAGAUAAACAACUGACGCUUAAUAUAAUAACCCACGAAAUGGCGCAUAUGUGGUUCGGUAAUAGUGUCACAAUGGCUUGGUGGAGCUAUUUCUGGUUAAAUGAGGCAUUCGGACGUUAUUAUGAGUAUUUCAUGGCACACAAGCUAUUUCCGGAAUAUCAACUGGACCAACAAUUUGUAGUGGAACAGCUGCAUGUAGCAUUUGGCAUAGACGCAAUCAGCAGUACUCAGCCUUUGACUAGUACGGAUGAAGAAAUACAGUCGCCAUCCGAGAUAGAUUAUAAGUUUAGUACCAUCACUUAUAAGAAGGGUGCAACCAUUGUGCGUAUGAUAGCAAACCUAAUGGGUCACGACAACUUUGAGAACGCCAUUCGAGCUUACUUGAAGGCAUUCCAUUUGAAGAGCACCACGCCAAAAGAUUUAUUUACGUACUUGAAACGCCACUGGCCAACCACGCCUGAGGUUGAUUUGGAUCAAUUCUUCUACGACUGGACUGAGCAGAUCGGGUUCCCGGUGCUUUAUGUUAGUGUCGGCUCCAAGGGCAAAGUUAAGCUCACCCAGAAGCGUUUCUUGCUUGAUUCAGGCGAUGGCAGUAAUCAUGCGCUCACCUAUACAAUACCAAUUACCUAUGCGACAGAUGCGGAACCAGAUUUCAACAAUCUUACAGCACGUUUUUAUUUUCUAAAAACCAACGAGAUGAGUUUCAAAGUCCCGCCAACCUUUAAGUGGAUCAUUUUCAAUGUACAGCAAUCAAAUUAUUAUCGCGUCUUCUACGACAAAACCACAUUACAACGCAUUAAGGCAGCACUUCUACGGCCAGAUCAUAGCGGCAUACCAACCAUAAAUCGUGCCCAAGUAGUCGACGAUUUAUUUAAUUUUGCACGAGUCGGCAUGCUGAACUACACAACAGUAUUCAAUGUUCUGGAAUAUUUAAAAACUGAAAUUGAGUACUUACCGUGGUAUGCUGCCUUCACGAAUUUGAAUUUUGUGGCACAACAUUUCACAUUGCAGCAACAAAGUGGACUUAUGAGAUUUCUAAACACCACGUUGGCCAAGGUGUAUGCACAUUUGGCAUUUACAGACCGCAAUAUCGGUGUGCUCGAUAUUUACAAUCGUAAUAAAGUUAUCAGUUGGGCAUGUAGAUAUAAAUUGUUCGAAUGUGAUAAUCAAGCGCGUGAUCUCUUUGACAAAUUGGAAAUGGAUGGCGAAAAACCGUCACCCGAUUUUCGUGAAACUCUCUAUUGUAGUGUGACAAGAGAAGGCGAUUUUGCCUAUUACCAAACCUUGAAUAAUUGGUUCGACGACGAAAAGGUAGAAAGUGAGAAAAAGAAGCUUAUACGUGCUAUGGGCUGUACUCGAAUAUUUCUACGAUAUCACUUUGACAAUAUCGUAAGUGGAAAUAUACCAACCGAAUAUGCCUUAAUGGGCAUAACACCAAUGUAUGCAGAAAAUCCUGAAAAUGUUCAAAGGGUUUUCCUUAUGAUCACCGCUUCCAUCGAGGCACUAGUUGAGAGAAUUGGCGGUUGGGAGAAAGCGGCAAGUUUGAUUGGUGAUAUUGCAAAAUAUUUUACCACACAAGAACAAAGAAAAAUGCUUGAAGAUUUCGUAACGGAAAAUGGUUCACUUUUUGGUGAUUCUAUCCCAGUACUUCACCAUACCAUCUACACCGUGGAUUCAAAUUUGAAGUGGUCUCGGUCAUAUUUGUCAAAAUUGUUUGUACCCGUGAGCAAGCCGAAUGUAGCGACUGUCGGCAGAUUAAGCGCUGUGCUACUCAUUACUGAAGGUUUUAUGUACCGAUUUUUGUAAUAUUUAUUAAUGACCCGUGUAUUCAUGUAUGUAACAAUUGUAUUUUAUAUUUACGAACAAACACAAACGCAAUUAAAUUUGUGUAAAAUAAAACUAAAGAAACU